GCAGGAGGCUGUGCGUCCGCAAGCGACGACGCGGGAUCGGCAUGGAAGUGAAGGAUGCCAAUUCUGCACUGCUCAGUAACUACGAGGUGUUCCAGUUACUGACUGAUCUGAAAGAGCAACGGAAGGAAAGUGGAAAGAACAAACACAGUUCUGGGCAACAGAACUUGAAUACUAUCACCUAUGAAACAUUAAAAUAUAUAUCAAAAACACCAUGCAGGCACCAGAGUCCUGAAAUUGUUAGAGAAUUUCUCACAGCAAUGAAAAGCCACAAGUUGACCAAAGCUGAAAAGCUUCAGCUGUUGAAUCACAGGCCUAUGACUGCUGUUGAGAUCCAACUGAUGGUGGAGGAGAGCGAAGAGCGGCUCACGGAGGAGCAGAUCGAGGCACUUCUCCACACCGUGACCAGCAUUCUGCCCGCGGGGCCGGAGGCCGAGCAGAAGAGGAACCCGGACAUCGUGACGGGGGAUGACGAGGACGCCGCGUAGAGGGGCACGGCCGGCCUGGCCGCCUCAAGACCCUGAGAAGUCAGCAGCCGGUUCCUGGCCUCCCAGAGAAUUGCUCAGGGUUUCACCCUCCGUCCCAGCAGGCCUGGUUUCACGGUUGGCUGGAGAAACCACAAAAACCGGCUUAGAAGAGGUCCUCGUGCCUCCGGGAGACGCAGCGUGGUGAAGACAGACGGAGGCUGUCAGGGCAGAGAGCUGAAGGGAGGCGGACGACGUCAGGACGAUGACCGUGCAACCCCCCGUGGUAAAAAUGUUUCUUCUGUGGCCUUUGCCAUAGUCGUGGCCAGGCCCCAUACGCAGCAGGAGGACUGCUUGUGUCGCCUGUGAUGGGCCGUGUCCUAGUCGCGUCAUCUGCUCUCGGCGCUUCCCGAGCAGGGGCGCUGAGUGCCGUUGUGGGGGCCGAGCGGGGAGAAUCCGGGCAGAUGACCGGACACUCCCGGAGCCACGCGUCGCUGCUGCAGGCUGGAAUGAGCCGCUGGACUUGGCUCACCGGAGAGGAAUCUCUUCCUGGAGAACAGCAAGGGUAAGAGAAGAGAGGCCUGGCAGGGCUGUUGUUCACGAGCUCAUUACUUAGUCUGCAACGUUAGGGCGUCCGCCCGUCCCGGUGGACGAGCCGCACAGCAGGCCGCGGACGGCGGUGACAGAAGUCCAGCGCCGGCUGCCUUUAGGACCGCGUGCGCCUCCUGCGCGCCCCGAGGCCAGGCGGGCUGCGCUUGCACAGGGGCGGCUUGUUGCGGCAUUAGAAGGGGCACAGGUAGGGACGGGAUCUGAAGGGCUGGAGCCUGGUAAUGCGAAUCGGAGCUUGUUGGCGGCGGCGGCCUCAGCGCUCCAGUUCCGGGUCCUGGGAGGACCACGUGAGGAGCUUGCGGAUACCGAGGUUUGGAGAGUCAGGAGCCCCGGACGGCUGGGUGCCUUAGGUCCUGGGAAUAUUGCUGAACGGUAAUUGCCCACAUUUGCUCUACCCCCCAUUUGGGGAAGAAAAUGCCCACAGACAUUAAUUUUUCAAAUCAGUGCUCCCUUUAUUGUGAGAUUACAUAUUUUUGGUGCUAUUAAUUGGAUUACUUCCCACGCCCUUGUAAUUACAAGAUUAUUUCAACCAUCCCCAACCCUGCCAGUCACAGUGAUGUGGUUGUUAAGCUUAUCACUGAGGUCAGCUGAGACCUGUUUACAGGCACAAAACUGGAAUUCGAAGGGCAUUUGUUUUUAAACUUCUCUUGUAUUGGGAGUUUUACCAGGAACUGUUGAUUUAUUUGUCAAGGCAUUGAACCCGUGUCACUGUUUCAUUUUAACUUUGAGUGUAUUCAGUGCAUUUUCUUAAUGGAUUUCUAGUUAAUAAUAAAUUGUUUCCAAGUGACUGCCAACUUUUGGUAUUUUUAUAAAUAUUUGAAGA